UGAAAAAAUACUGUAUCCGAACAUGAAAACCUUAAGGAUUUCCUAUAAUUACUUUUAUUUUUCAGACCUCGACGACCUAGAACGCGGCACAGCCAUAACUCCAGAGAUGCUAUGGAAGGAAAACAGAUCGAUAUGGUGCUUGCGGGUCGAACCAUUAUGGGCAGACUUCUGCGGCGUGAGGGCAACUAACUACAAACCGGCGCCGUUGCUAGACGCCACGCCACUGUCGGCUUGGCUGUGCUUCGACGAGGGUUUCUCCAAGAUCUACUGCGUGGCUCGCACGUGUGGCCUAGCCGGGCUUCAGCUCAACCACUACCAGAUGUUAUUCCUAUUGCGACAGCUGGAGCGAGUGUCAGAAAUGGCGGCCUGGUUAGCUCACGAUGCUGAAAGGCAACCUCAAGCAGAGACUGGAGCAAUAGUGCUGGGUCUGGUGGUGCCAGCAGUAGAACUGACACUCGUACUGCCUUCAAGCUGUCCGGGGCAGGAGUCCUCUAGAGACCUGGACAGCGUCCCGCUGGACUCCUCCAGCUUGCAGGACUUAAAGAUGGGUUCGGAAGCGACAAUGGCUCCGUCUAUGCUGGACCGCGACAGCGGAGUGUUAGCCACCACGGCUUCAGUCGAGGUGUACUCGGCGCAGCCGCUGCCUGCCGAGGAGGUGCCGCCUCCCAGCCCUGGGCUGAGCUUUGGAGGCUUUUCGUCCAUGCGUCGCGGCCUGACGUCACUAGUGACGUCGAUAGACAGCGCGCUGACCCGCGAUGACGCUCGAAGCGACGCCGCCUCCACGGCCAGUUCUGAUAGCGAGCGUUACGUCGUAGUGGGACUAGCGGCCGAGUCACCUGAUGACGCUGACGUCGCCUUCAGAGAGUUCGAGCACGGUCGCUCGUCCAGCGGUGUAGAAGUGGCAGCCGAGGUGGUGGAACGCUCAUCCUCCCCCAGCGACCAUUCCGUCACCAGCUCCUGUAGGAGGCGGGAUGUGAUAUCGACCUGCACAUGGCGCCUCAACAACAUCCAUUUAGUCCACCAAAGCGUCGGCGGACGGUCUUGCCUUCGUUUCGCGGCGGAUGACCUCCGCACGGAUGAAUGCGCAGCCAUACCCUGGGAUGAGUUCCAGAACAAGUUCUCGAUGCGAGCGCGCGCGUGGUCGGAGCCCGCGCCGGGCUGCGACGAGCUCGGCGCCAGGGGCACGCCCAACGUGGCCGCGAGGAUGGCGCGCACGCAGCUGCCGAGGGCGCAGGAACAGGGUGAAACCCCGACGCUAGCGCCGUUCGAAGAGUUGUUAGAAGCCCGCGUGAGGGAACUCAGCCUGGCCCUCAAUAUGAGCACAGCCCUCGCGCUCUCCGAGUUUAUAGAAGAUGAGGUCGUGGUGCCUCCCAUGCCUUUAGAGGUUCUAAUAGAAAACGUGAAGCUCCAUCUUGUAGAAGACCGUCCUACCCGCUCAAUAUCCUCCCCCCCACCUCAGCCUUUAGACAUAGACCUCACCACCCUCCGCUUGACCAGAGACACGGCGGGCGUGGUCAGACUGGGCCCGCCCAUUUCCACGCCUUCGACUGUUGCGUCACCGGCCACGCCCCAACCACAGCCGGAGUUAGAUGAGGCCAGAGAGAAGAUAGAUAGCUUGAGCAGAGAGAAUGAAGAGCUGAGGAAAAGGUUGGCGACGCUGGCAAGGAUCGCUGAGGAUAACAGGGAGCUUAGAGCGAAAGUCGAAGAGGCAGCAGUAUUACGUCAGUGCGCGCACGCCGCACAGCAAGAAGCAGCCAACUUGCUGGCUGACAAACAGCAGCUGCUCGAAGCUGUAAGAGUGCUCCAGGAACAAUUAUCAGGCGGUUGUCGCGGCAAAAGAUAGCGGUCGCGAGGCGGUCCCGCGCAGGGCUGCCUCGACUGCACCGCCUGCUGCGGAGACCAGCGCUCUUAAACCCCCAACCCCCGACCCCUCAAACCCCAAACACCCGAACCCUCAAACCCCAAACACCCGACCCCUCAAACCCCAAACCCCCAACCCCUUUAACCCCAAACCCCCGACCCCUCAAACCUCAAACCCUCGACCUCUCAAACUAGGGGUUGGGUCCCCUACAUCCACUGUACAAGACCCGUCAACAGUGUUGACCACUGUGAUAAGAACCAGUGAAGCCAAAUGAAUGGUGAAGUGAAUGCCAAGAUAUUCAGUGACUAGUGUAUGAAGACUCAGUGUAGUUUAAUCCCAAUGUUGUAAGAUCCAAAUGAGAUUGCUUGAAGAUAGAAGAUGAAGCACAUUAUAAAUUGUUGAGCAAAGAAACUAGUGAUGUGACGUGUUUAAUGUAGUUUUCUGAAUGUGUGACCCUGAGUUUAAUGGUUUGGACUUGGAAGAUAUUUCAUAUGCAAAGAAACCAGAAAUGUGUCUGGUAGGCUUCCAACUUACACCGUGAAGAGUGUAGAGGAUUUGACUGUUACUAUGAGCUUUUCCGCCAAUAAGGUGGCAUGAUAGAUCAACUAGUGGUGGUGACAACAAAGUUAUUGGAAUAGCCUGAAAACUGGGGAAUUAUAAACCAACUAAUGUAGACCUCUUCUAACAUUCUAACAGAGGCCCAGUGAUAAUGGACGACCAGUAGUGUUGUGUAAUUAUAACUUUUCGUAUUCUGGUUACUUCAGUGAUUUAACUACCAGUAAAUGUAGAACCCUGUCCUCAACGUUCGAGGAACAUAAUCGAGGCCAAGUUAUAGAAGAUAACUAGUGAUUAUGUAUUAGCUACGAGCUAUAGUUAUCUAUGUAUACAAAAAUCUUGUAAUGAUGUGUUAUCUUUAUAAUUACGUAAGUAUGGUGCAGCUUUUAUUCGAAUAUAUUUUACGCCAUCUAAGACAUUUUUGCCCUGAUAUGACCAGCAAGGAAUAUUAGUUACCAAGCAAUUAUACGUUAAUAAGGUCCAGAAUAGAGUACAUUUGAAAACUUUACUUCCAAUAACUAUCAUACUACGGAGUGCACUGCAGAACUAUGAACCAAAGACAAUUAUAUCAUGUGAAGAGAGAAUAUUUAUGGAAUCAUUUUAGUACUAGAAAGCUCUUGGCCUGCAUCUCACCUGAUGGUGAGUAACGAUCAGGCCGAAGAUGGAAGUGAGCUUCACCCGGAAUCCUCAACCACAGAAGAACUGGCUAUCUUACCUCGGACUGCCGGAACACAACAUCAAGUCAUAUGACUACAUUUAUAACUUUCAUGGAAACAGACUAGAAAUCUAGCACAGUCGAUGGUGCAUCAAGCAAAAAACUGGGGCAUCUUAUUAUAGUCGUCAUAGUUGCUAUUUUGCGACAAUUUUGUCAAGUUUGCGGUUCACACAGCUUAUGACCACAGUCUGUGGAGGAACACUAUCUGUGGUCGCGAUCCUCAUCAGUGAGGGACCGAGGAAGAAGAAGAAUGUCAAGUUUGCUGGCAACUGGACAUCAUUAUAAUUCAACUAUAGGUUCUAUUAGCUUAAGAACUCGAAGAUCUCUUAAGGAUUGUGGAUUAUACAAUUUAUUACUAUGAGACUAUAGAGAUUGUAGUUGUUAUUACUUACGAGACAUGCGAGCAUUAGAUAAAAAGGUUGAAAAGAUUACCCAAGUCUAGUAAGAGGUUUACCAGAAAAUUACAACCUGUAGUUACAAUAAAUACAGUGCACGAGAGUAUGAAACAGUCUCUGGAACUACGGACUAGAUAAUGUCUUUUUUUUAAACGUAGUUUCAGGGAUUAAAUUAUAUUCUUGCCUAAAACUUAUAAUAUAGUUACAACAAACCACGAAAGAAAUGAAUAAAUUGAACAAGAGAAAAAGUGAAGGUGAAAUAAAACUUCACUCAUUCAAUGUCCAUCAUUGAAUGUAUUAUAUCGAAAAUGUUUGCAGCUUGAGCUAAAUGAACCUACGUGUCUACUGUCUAGGUAAUACGAAAUGUGAUUCAGUUAUUGUACUGUGUACUUACAGCGUGCAUUUAUUAUAUCAUAGUGAUGUAGGAAACAUAGCUUUCAUAAAUCAAAGAUACGUGUAUAAAUUUUAUAUUUAUUUUUUAUAUAUUUCGGUCUUCCUUUGGCAUGAGAAAUUGUUAAGAGUUUGAUAAAAGUUUUUAUGUUCAAGUUCAACGCAUAUGUAUUUUAGAAAUUCCAAUAGGACAGAUAAAUCAUAUCAAAUUUUCUGAUUUUUAAAAGUUGAAAAUGAAUUCUUGUUAGAUAUUACGGAUAAAUAAGGUAAAUUUAUAUUCAAGUAAUGGAACACCAACAUUUUUCUACCGUCUCUUAUUGUGAUACGCUUUGAUGGGAAUGGGACAAAUUCUAUACGUAUUUUAAUCUUAAUAAAUAUAAUCUAAGUAAAAUACAUUUUAAAUAAGACGUAUAGAAAUAUUAGCUUGAGUGCAAUUUAAAGAAUGUCACAUGUUGGGCGCCAUUAUGUGACGUCAGACACCAGUGCAACUCCCAAAGAAAAUCGUUUUAAAAUAAACUCCGACCUAAUCAAAGCGUAUAUAGGAUUAAAAUAAUGUAUUUUGGUAAAUACUUAGAAGUUUCCAUAUAUCGUUGUUAUCAAAUGUAUCGAAUUGUAAUGUAUGCGAUAUCAUAUUGUUCGGACUUUAGUAAAUACAUUUCAUAUUAUACUUAUUAAUAUAUUGUUUGCGUAAUUAAAAAUGGCCACUUGAACAGUCUACGAUUAGUCCAGCAUUCAUGAAUAUGCAAAGUUUUUUACUAUGGAACUAAAAGCAUUACUUGGCAAUGGUUGAUCUUAAAUUGUGCUAGUGGGUAGAGUAUCAAUCUGCUGUAAAAUUAAUAAUUUAUCUUCACUUGAUUUUGAAAUAUCAUUGGAGAAUUUUAUAGCAGGUUGAAUUGUAGGCAACCAUACUAAAAUAGAGUUAACGAGACUACCUCUUGAAUCGGUUUUGAUUUUCAAUAGAGAGAAAUACGGAUGUGAAAUAUUGUUUGUUUCUAUAUCUACCCUUAACUGGGCUACAAGAAUAUGUGAGUUAAUUAUAGAUUUUGUCAACUUGUGAAUCCUAUUUUGUAACCUCAAUACCCGAUAGAUUUAUACAAUAUUUUUAGGUAUGGUAGCACUAACUUUCUCACAAUAUGACUUAUAUGGCUCUGCUAAACGGCCGCUUCUUUGCAAUGCAUUUUUUGCUAUGUUAUCAUUUGUAUAUUAGAUAUUUAUCAAACAUUAAUUACGUUUGGAUAGCAAGAAUAUAAGUUUGUGCUCAUAUUUCCAAAUUACGACUUAAAUCAUUAUACUUAUAGAAAUGCUAUUAUUUUUGUGCCAAAUGCGCCUGACUGUAUUCUUUAUUAAUAAAAAGGUUGUAAAUAUUAAGAUUCUAUAUUUAAAGAAAAGAAUCAUUUAUUUUUCAUUACAUUUUAUUUAGCUUUCCAAGAUGUAGCUAUGUAUUUCUUAUUUUAGUGUAUAAAAAUCUAAAAUUUAGUGAGAUUUUUCGAGAUGUAUUUUUAAUGUAUUACAUAAUUAUGUCACUUGUUAUGGAGACGCAAUAUAAUAUUGCCGAUUAUGUAGCUAUAUUGUAUGAUAUCGUAUAUUAAGCUAUAGGGUUGCCAGUACUAUUGUUUUCAUGCGUAUAUUUUGUCCCCAAAAAAGUGAAAAGGGUCAGUAACUGUGCUUAAUCCUUCGUCCUGGCAACCCGGAUUUUUAUCUCCAUUUUACUAUUUGUGUGUUAGUAUUAAUACAAAAUGUGCCUGUAUCCUAACGUAGGUACAUGAAUAAUCGCUUAUAGUCGAUUGUGGCUGCGUUUUUUGUACUUUCUAUAUUAUUAAACUGCAUAAUUGGUGUCAUUUGAGUGAGUUGUAUAAUUUUAGUACUCUCCGACUUUAUGGACAAUGUUGAAUGUUGAAUUUCUUAAGCCUGGCUUGUUUUCAAUAGUUAGUAAGUACAUUUAUUUUUCAUUGCUUGUUAGUAAACUUGCAAAAUCAAGGGGUUUAUUGAGCACACAGUGUAUUUAAAAGCUCUAAUCUAAGCAAAGUAGUUUAACAGCUGAACAGGGCUGAGAUUCCCUUUUUCUUUGGGGCAGGUAUAUUCGAAAUUUUAUAAGGACAAUCAAAGGUAUUCUAGCAAUAUUUUAUAUUACCUUCUCCAAAGCCGAGAAAUGUUCAAUUGUCUAUGUAAUAUUAUAUUCUUGUUCCAAAAACAAGGAAUUUAAUUAUUGACAUUGUCUAUACAAGUCCGUACUUUUAUACGUGUACCCAAUAAUAUAUUGGUACCCUUGUCCAAAAUAUUAGAACGUAUUUAAGAAACUUUAAAUAUUAAUAACAACCAAGAUGUAUUGCAUCAUUUAAAAUGUAUGAACUGUUGUUGCGACCUGUUUAGCUGCGGAGGAAUUGUUAAAAAUAAAUUCAUUAUUCUAUACA